AUGCUCGAAGGACCAAAGUUCGAUCUAGGCAAUCACAACAACAACAACAACGACAACAACUACUAUGCAUUCACACAAGACUUUUACCAAAAGCUCGGCGAGGAAGGAACAAACAUGUCAACGGACAGUAUGCAGACAAGUAACGCCGGAGGAUCAGUGUCAAUGUCCGUGGACAACAGUAGCGUUGGCUCCAGCGACGCUCUCAUUGGCCAUCCCGGUUUAAAGCCUAUGCGCCACGUCUACUCUCUCUCCGUUGGACAAAGCGUGUUUCGUCCCGGGAGAGUCACGCACGCGCUCAACGACGACGCAUUAGCGCAAGCGUUGAUGGACAGUAGCUAUCCGACACAAGGACUUGCGAACUACGAAGAGUGGACGAUAGAUCUGAGGAAGCUUCACAUGGGUCCUGCUUUCGCGCAAGGAGCGUUCGGUAAGUUAUACAAAGGGACUUACAACGGAGAAGAUGUGGCGAUUAAGCUUCUCGAGAGGCCAGAGAACAGCCCUGAGAAGGCACAAGCGCUGGAGCAGCAGUUUCAGCAGGAGGUUUCUAUGCUUUCGUAUCUGAAGCAUCCGAACAUCGUUAGGUUUAUCGGAGCUUGUGUUAAACCGAUGGUGUGGUGCAUUGUGACUGAGUAUGCUAAAGGAGGUUCGGUUAGACAGUUUUUGACCAAGAGACAGAACCGAGCUGUGCCGUUGAAGCUGGCUGUGAAGCAGGCGCUGGAUGUUGCGAGGGGUAUGGCUUACGUCCACGAGCGCAACUUUAUACACCGUGAUCUCAAGUCGGAUAACCUCCUCAUAUCAGCUGAUCGGUCCAUCAAGGUUGCUGAUUUCGGCGUUGCGAGGAUUGAAGUUCAGACUGAAGGGAUGACACCAGAGACUGGGACUUAUAGAUGGAUGGCUCCAGAGAUGAUCCAGCACAGACCCUACACUCAGAAAGUGGACGUGUAUAGUUUUGGAAUCGUGCUGUGGGAGUUGAUAACGGGUCUGUUGCCGUUUCAGAACAUGACAGCGGUUCAAGCUGCGUUUGCAGUGGUUAACCGAGGGGUUCGUCCGACAGUGCCAGCGGAUUGUCUGCCUGUGCUUGGAGAGAUCAUGACACGUUGCUGGGAUGCGGACCCUGAAGUGCGUCCUUGUUUUGCAGAGAUUGUCAAUCUUCUCGAGGCGGCUGAGACUGAGAUAAUGACGACUGUGAGGAAAGCACGUUUCAGAUGUUGCAUGACGCAGCCAAUGACAAUCGACUAA